AUGUCGUCGACUGAUGUGAGGCCAACAAAUAAUUACUUUUCGCGGAUCUACGAGCGCGCAUCAGAACUUGUCAACCAGGUUAAGAAUGUGGCAGCAGAGGAGGCCCGACCACUUUUGCACGGUGAAAGCCAUGCGUCAUAUCAAGGCACGCAGGACAACUCAGUCCCUGUGCCAAAACCACGACCAGUCCAGACUCCUGUCAAAGUCGAGGCCAAGGUUUGGUUUGCGAACGAGCGCACAUGGAUUUCGUGGUUGCGUGCCUCCUUGUUGAUCGGCACACUUGCAUUGGCCCUAUUUAACUCGGCUUCUUACUAUGACCCGAAGCCAUCGACUAGUCCAGAUGUGCCAGACGUGCCAGGCAACCCUGCUGCUGCCAAGGUCGUGCGCGUGUUUGGUAUGGUGUAUGCUUUCAUUUCUGCAUUCGUUCUCCUCUGGGGCCUGUACAGCUAUCAGCGCCGUGUGACCCUCAUUAAAAUGCGCUGGCCAGGCAGUUUCGAUGACUUAAUUGGUCCGCCUGUCGUGUGCGUCGUAACAUUUAUUGCUGUCCUCGCAAACUUUAUUAUUGCUGUUCAUCAGCGCAUGUAA